GUGAUGGUAAAUCUUUAUAAAAUUGUAUACAAUUCUGAAGCAACAUCAUUGGCUAAUAUGUCAAAUUAGAAACUAGUUAAAUGAUCAUUUAAGGUGUUCGAGUAGGUGAAUUAGUAAUUUAAUAGGUCAAGGGUAAAUGAAACUGUAUUGUGUGCACUGACCAAAAGAUUUAAAAAGAAAUAUUUAAUGAUGUUCAUUUGUUAAUUCAAUUGAUACUUAUUCAUUUGAAUUAAUUUUGCUUUUCUUUUGUGCAGAAAAAUGCCCGAUAAACUUACCAUCGAUGAUUUUCCCAUUUUCAAGUCAAAACAUGUUUAUAUCAAGGAUAUAAAUACUACAAUGAAUACGAUUAAUAUUAUGUUACGGGAUGGACCAGACCAUUUGCAGGUUGUUACAGAUUUUGACUUAACAUUAACAAAACAACAUGUUGAUGGUAAAUUGGUGCUCAGCAGUUUUGGUUUGUUUGGAAAAUGUAAUCAAUUACCAUCUUCAUAUACGAAUGAAUCUAAACGAUUGUAUCAAAAAUACAGACCUAUAGAGAUAGAUCCAAAUUUAGCUUUAGAAGAAAAAAUAGAAGCUAUGAGCGAUUGGAUGACUUCUGCUGAAAAAUUAUUAAAAGGAAUAGAAUUUGAUCCUAAAGAAUUAUCCGAAGUGGUACAAAAACAUGGUACACCUUUACGUGAUGGUACCAAAGAACUUUUGGAAAAAUUAAAUGACGCUAACAUACCAGUUCUUGUAUUCAGUGCUGGUUUAGGGGAUGCUGUAGAAGCAGUUUUAAAAUGUCAUCAAGUUUUGUUUAAUAAUGUUAAAAUUAUAUCGAAUUUUCUUAAAUAUAAUGGCAAUCAAAUAGACGGAUUUAAAAAUCAAAAAUUAAUACAUGUUUUUAAUAAAAAUGAACAUGCCAUGGAACAAGAUUAUUUUAAAGUCAUCGAAGGAAGACGACAUGUAUUAUUAAUGGGUGAUACAACUGGAGACGCAAGUAUGGUCGAUGGUAUGGAUGACACAGUUGCAGUUUUAAAAAUUGGAUUUUUGUAUGACAAAGCAGAGGAAAAUCUGCACAAUUAUAUGAAUGAAUUUGAUAUCGUAUUAGUAGAUGAUCAAACGAUGGAAGUACCAACAGAAAUAUUAAGACCUAUAUUAAAAUAAAUUGUAUUAAGAUUUAGAAAUUAUUUAUAACUUAUUUCAAUGAACAAUAUUUAACACGAGAUAAAUAAUAAGUUAAGCUAACAGUGUAUAAAAGCUUUUAUAUUAAGUAUGUUCUCUAUACUGGAUUCUACAUCCGAAUAUUUAUUUAUUGAAUACUUUGUUAUGCAUAUUUUAAUGUAAUUAUGUUAAAAUAGAGGUUUUCUACACUUAAAAACUAUUAUAUCUUUACGCUGACUUACCAAUUCACAAAAAUAGAGUCGAUUUUCUUAAAGAUUAACGAUAUUGCCUAUUGUGAUGAAUCUUCAAUUUCACUGCCUCCGAAUAUCAUGUUGUUUUUUUAAUUGUAUGUGAAAUGUUAUAUUCAAUUCUUAUAUGGUGUGAACUGUUAAAUAUAUCUUAUAAUUCAUAA